UGUCGGCCGGUGGCCACGUACCGCUCCGUGGAUCAACCGUUAUCCCACGGUCCCGGUAGUUAAGGGGCUAACGGCGGCUACUGGUGAACACUUCACCGACACAUUAGCGAGUUGGACUACUUUAAAAGUACUUGUUUUUGUUUUCUGACGCGGAGGGCGUCUUUUUGAAUGAAGGGUUCCCCGCUGGGACUUUAAAGCGGGAGGAGGAGGAGGAGGAAGGCAAUUCGCGGGGUCGUCCGGGCGAUCUGCUGAUCUGGGAUCUGCUCACAUUCAUAACCGAACAGACGGCGGCUUGUUGGAGCUGAGCUCGGACGGUUUCUCCGAGGAGGACGCGGAGUCUGUAACUUUUGAAGUCUCUACGCAGGACCGGCAUACAGAAGGGAGGGAAGUUUGGUAGAGGAGGAAAGUUUUCACCCUGCACCCUCGACGAGCGGCUGAAGCGUAAGAUAAUAAUUCACUCUCUUUUCCAGACUUGUGAUUGAGUUGGACUUCCUCCGUUUUAAAAUAACUACUUUUAAAAAACUUUACUUAAUUGAAGCGGACCCACAAAGCAUCUGCACAAUGGAUAAAUACGAGGAUUUUGGGCUCGAGGCGAGUAAGUUCAUCGAGGACCUCAACAUGUACGAAGCCUCCAGAGACGGCUUGUUUCGGAUGAGGAGGGACGCAGGAAACAACCCCGACUUCGAGGAGACGAGGAGGGUGUUUGCCACUAAGAUGAGUAAGAUACACAUGCAGAAGCAGCAAGAGGAGAUGGCGAAGAACAACCAGGCCAUCAAAAUGAAUGGCGGGGCCCACAACAACAGUUACUACACCAAAGACAGACCGCCCAUCAAUAGUUACAGGCAACCGUGCGAAGCGGCCGCGAAGCCCCCGAUGCUCUCCGGCCCGGUGCCGGGCACCGCGCCUGGGGGUCCGUACGCGCAGUUUGACGGCCAGAAACACCACGCGGGCAUCCAGUCUGAACUUCCAGUAGGCCGGGCGUGUGGCUACGGAAACAAUUACGAUAAUAAGGAGCGCUCAGAGGCUCAUUCAUACCUGCAUAACACCCCUUCUCCCCCCAGCCCAGGACACGCGUCUCUCAGCGCGCCCACACAUGCGCGUUACCCGGUCAGCCAGCCGGCCGCCUGGGCCCCAUCCAGGGAGAGCCAGCUUUCCCCACCGUUGCCCGGGUGUGGGGGCAGCAGUGUGUCUAAGCAGCAGCAGCAGCCCCAGUACCAGUCUGCAUCUUCCACCACCAACAGCCUUCCACCCCAGCACAUUCAGGCCAUCCCCCCGCCUUUAAACCUGAGCCCUGCCUCAUCUGCCGGGCCCGCCUGGGGAUGGUCUGGAGAGCCACCGGGCUCAGAAAAACCCGAACUCACACCGGCCCUGCCUCUGAGUGCCUUCACGGCAGGAGCUGACUUCCAAAUGCAGCUACCCUCCACACAUUCGGCAACCCAUUACGCAACAUCUUCUCCAACUUCGAGACCCUCCGCCACCCAUAAUGGUCCUCUGGCAGCAUCCUCGCUCUCACCUGAACCUUUUGAAACACCUCUAUCCAAAGCCCAGGUGGCAUCUGCUGCCUUGAUUCCAGGCAAUGUGUCCAAAAGCAGCAGCCAGGGUCAAGGACAGAGCCUAAUACCGGUCUGUGGACAUGUAUUCGGCGCUGAAGCUAAAAUCCUGGGCCCCUCCAAGCUUGUCCAAAUACCCUGUCAGUCUGAACAGGGGCCUUCAGCAGCUGAAAUGAAGUUAGAAGCCCUCACCCAUCGACUGGAAAAAGAGAUGGAUGCCCAACCAAAGACUGACUACUUUGGCGUCUGUGUGAAGUGCAACAAGGCGGUGCAUGGAGCCGGCCAGGCCUGCCAAGCUAUGGGAAGCCUCUACCACGACGGCUGCUUCACCUGCAGCGCCUGCAGUCGAAGGCUGAGGGGGAAGGCGUUCUACUACGUCGGAGGGAGGGUUUUCUGCGAAGAGGACUUUCUGUACUCCGGUUUCCAGCAGUCUGCAGACAAGUGCAACGCAUGUGGACAUCUGAUCAUGGACAUGAUCCUGCAGGCCCUCGGGAAGUCUUACCACCCUGGCUGUUUCCGCUGUGUCAUCUGUAAUGAGAGCCUUGACGGAGUGCCCUUCACUGUGGACACCGAAAAUAAGAUCUACUGUCUCAAAGACUACCACAGGGUCCUGGCGCCUAAAUGUGUGGUGUGUAACCAGCCCAUCCUGCCCUCAGAGGGGUCUGAUGAAACCAUUCGAGUUGUAUCCAUGGACAAAGACUACCAUGUGGAAUGCUAUCACUGUGAGGGCUGUAAGAUGGAGCUGAACGACGAGGAGGGUCACCGCUGCUACCCUCUGAACGGCCACCUCCUCUGCCACUCCUGCCACCUGAAGCGCACGGAGCCCGGCUGCCCCUCUCCCGUCGCGCCGGCCGCCGCCUACUGACACCGCAGCAGGUGGAGGGCGCCCCCUGGUGGAUUUGUGGAGGAACUGCCAAAGCGGGACUGACAGCGGGAUUCCGUCGACGUGUGCAAUUCUUGUUGUAAAGGAUUGAUUAAUGCAACGCAUAUGAUCAUUCUGUGGUUUGAUGUGUAUAUUGAAGUUUCCAGGAUGCCUCGAGAUGUUUUCACCCAAUAAUGAAGGAGCGUGAACCACCAAAAGCCAGUGAAGCAUUGCGUUAGACCCAAUGCAUAUGGACUUUGUGUGGCCAUGGGUUUAAAAAAAAAGAAGUAAAAAUCAAUUGCAUUGGCUGUGUAAAUAUCUGGUUGUCAACUCAUUUUUAGAGAUGAUGUACCUUCAACUUCAUGUUCAAGUCACUCAUUUCCCUUCAUGCCAAGUCCUGUAUCAAAUGAUAACUCUUUAGGAUUACCAUUCCAUAGAAAUAUUUAAGAACGGCAUUAUCCCAGAGUUCACAACGCCUCUGUGUGCUGAGGUCGAUCAUUACAUAUAAAACAGUGGCAUGACUUUUCCUUUUUGUCAAGUCGGGCAAAGAAUGCUUCAGAGAGCCGGUCCAAAUGUUCUUUAGUGAAUCAACGGCCGCCGUUUGUUAAACAGUCUGUUCGAAGUGCUUAAAAAUAGAUGUGUGAGUUUUGAAUGCACCUAUGAAGAGGUUGGUAUUUGGCUUAUAGAUCCAUGUCUUUUGUUGUCAUUUUAAAAUUGAUAUAUUUCCCUAUAUAUUCAUUUACUUUUUUUUCAUUUUGACUUUCAUGCAAAACCCUUAAAUACUCAUUUGAUUUGCAGUGGCAGUUACAGUUUUAGAUUGCCUACCAUUGCCAUCCAAAUUGUAUUCAUGUCUUUAGUUUACUAACUAAAACGUCGCUUGUCAUUUGAGUUCCCUUUUCGUAAUCUGUAGAGUAAGAGCGUCAUAUCAUAUGUGCUGAGUGUUGUAAAGAAAAUAUUUAAUAAAAGUAUUGCAAUAGGACAAACUUCAA